AUGAGCAGAUCCAAUGUAUCCCUUCAGUUGGAGAGAGUCUACAACGAGCAGCGAAAAGCGGCCACACUUGCCUCAACAGCCACCGGAUUUAUCAUGUAAGUACCUAUGUACAGUACCCUACUCGGAGAGAUAGAAUAGGUUUGACCUCUAGAACUGUUAUCACAUUAUGACUGCGAAAAGACGUACUUUGAAAGAAAGGGAGAAAGAAAUGAAGUUCUGGACGUUGAACGUCGGACCAAUUACACAAAACGACCGUAACCGUUACCAUACUUUCUUCAUUUCAAGGUCGAUCUGCUUCUUCGGCCUUCCGCUCAUGUGGUCCGGUUUCUUCAAAGUGAUGUCAGUGCCGCCAGCGACCGUCUGCUCCAACGAUCCAUGGAGCGGAAUCACCGACUUGUAA